CUGGGCUGCUCGCUGGCCUGCAGAGCACCGUUUUGAAGGUCCUAGCCCACCUGGGUUGGCUCAUGCGCACGACUAGCUGCUCCCAUACAGUACACCCGGCCUCUGUCGUCUCUUAAGGCCACUCCUAUUCUACGGCUGACCCCUGGAGGUCACGUGGAGCUGCUCGCCACGCAAGUCUGGGUCCUUCAGCGAUUGACCGGGGUCCUUGCUGUCCGGGAGCCUCUCCCAAGCUGCCUGUUCGCGCGAGAGUUUGGAGGGGCGGGUUUGGGGUCGGUGUCUGAUUGGGGCUCGCACCGCAGCACGCUCGAGCCCCGCUUAGGUACCAGUUAGCGCCCCGGGAGCUGGGUCAGGCGGUCGCCGGGACACCCCGUGUGUGGCAAGCGGCGAAGCGCUCUGGAGGAUUCCGGACAGCCCUGCUCCCCGCAGCCAGGUGUAGUUUCGGGAGCCACUGGGGCCAAAGUGAGAGUCCAGCGGUCUUCCAGCGCUUGGGCCACGGCGGCGGCCCUGGGAGCAGAGGUGGAGCGACCCCAUUACGCUAAAGAUGAAAGGCUGGGGUUGGCUGGCCCUGCUUCUGGGGGCCCUGCUGGGAACCGCCUGGGCUCGGAGGAGCCAGGAUCUCCACUGUGGAGCGUGCAGGGCUCUGGUGGAUGAACUAGAAUGGGAAAUUGCCCAGGUGGACCCCAAGAAGACCAUUCAGAUGGGAUCUUUUCGGAUCAAUCCAGAUGGCAGCCAGUCAGUGGUGGAGGUGCCUUAUGCCCGCUCAGAGGCCCACCUCACAGAGCUGCUGGAGGAGAUAUGUGACCGGAUGAAGGAGUAUGGGGAACAGAUUGAUCCUUCCACCCAUCGCAAGAACUAUGUACGUGUAGUGGGCCGGAAUGGAGAAUCCAGUGAACAGGACCUACAAGGCAUCCGAAUUGACUCAGAUAUCAGUGGCACCCUCAAGUUUGCGUGUGAGAGCAUUGUGGAGGAAUACGAGGAUGAACUCAUUGAAUUCUUUUCCCGAGAGGCUGACAAUGUUAAAGACAGACUUUGCAGUAAGCGAACAGAUCUUUGUGACCAUGCCCUGCACAUAUCGCAUGAUGAGCUAUGAACCACUGGAGCAGCCCACACUGGCUUGAUGGAUCACCCCCAGGAGGGGAAAAUGGUGGCAAUGCCUUUUAUAUAUUAUGUUUUUACUGAAAUGAACUGAAAAAAUAUGAAACCAAAAGUACAAA